AUGCUCUACUCCCAAGUCGCCCUCGCCGCCGGCGCGGCGCUCCUUGCAGCGCAAGACGCCAACGCUUUCUUCCUCUGGUGGCCGUUCUCUCGGCCCAUCAUCUCGCCGCACGCGUUCACGGGAUGCAUCAAGCGGACCAGUACAUGGACGUCGAUCUUCACCGCCAGUGCGCCGGACGCUGGGUCAUGUGUCGCCAACUGUGCCCGCAUCAGUGACAUGGCGUACUGGUCCCGUAACUCGCGCGUCUGCAAGUGCGGAAGCACGCCGAACGCGCUCGGCAUCUUCGAUUUCUCUUUCCAGCCCUAUGUGACGGGUAAUGAGGGCGAGUGUGGCUCAAACUACGAGAGCUACAUGAUCACUGAGUUUGGCUUCCUCGGAUGCGCCAACACUGUCGACACCCGCAACGCAGUGACGAUUGGCUCGAGCUCGCGCAUGUCCUCGGCCUUUGAGGCAUGUCGCCCAGCCGACCAAGUCAUGGUGUUCAAGUACGGCGAGCCGCGCCGCACGCGGUGGAGCGCAUACUGCUUCGACCCCGAGGCGCCCCCCAUUGUAGAGGAGUACGACCCGAUCAAGUGCCACGGCAGCGCUUAUUUCCUUUAUGGCAACGCGCCUCCUCCUUCUAAGCGGUCUGCGAGCCGGCGGCGUGGGGCGCCAAAUGGUCUGCCAGCCCCGUGGUGCCCGGAGGGAAGGACGCCGUGCCAGAUCCACGAGGACGAGAGCUUUGGAUACGAGUGUGUCGAUGUCGAGAGCGAUGGGAACCAAUGCGGCGGAUGCGCGCUUGGCGUCUACGGCGGUAACUCGACACAGGGGGUGGAUUGCGGAGAGAAGGCGACUUGUAAUGCUGGCAAGUGCGUGCCCAACGCUCACUAG